UUUUAGAUUUGAAUCAUAAAAAUUAUCGAAAACAUUACGAUGUCAGAUGGUCUCGUACAACGACGUAAAACAACUUUGACAUCUAUCAAAAAUGAUGAGAAUGCAAAAGACAUUGAUAAUUUUGAAAGUGAUGAUUCUAAAGGAGAAUUUGAUGAUGAUAAAGCUACACGACUAACGUUAAUGGAACAAAUUUUACUACUUGGUUUGAAGGAUAGAGAAGGUUACACAUCAUUUUGGAAUGAUUGUAUCAGUAGUGGUCUUCGAGGAUGCAUUCUUACUGAAUUAGCACUGAGGAAUCGAAUCGAAUUAGAAAAAUCUGGAAUGCGGAGGAAGAGUUUAUUGAGCAGGAAGGUCUUAUUAAAAAGUGAUCAACCCACAGGCGAUGUGAUUUUGGACGAAGCAUUAAAGCAUAUCAAGGAAACACAACCACCGGAAACCGUGACAAGUUGGAUUGAAUAUCUCAGUGGUGAAACGUGGAAUCCACUCAAAUUGCGUUAUCAGCUUCGCAAUGUCCGCGAACGGUUAGCGAAAAAUUUAGUCGAAAAAGGUGUAUUAACAACGGAAAAGCAAAAUUUCUUUCUCUUCGACAUGACUACCCAUCCACUUCACGAUGGCAGCAUGAAACAGAAACUGAUAAAGAAGGUACAAGAAACUGUAUUGUCGCGAUGGACUAAUGAUGUACAUAGAAUGGAGAAAAGAAUGAUAUCAUUGGUAGUGCUGGCUCAUGCCAGCGAUGUUUUGGAAAAUGCUUUUAACCCUCUUUCCGAUCAGGAUUAUGAAGUAGCAAUGAAGCGUGUACGAUCUUUACUUGAACUUGAUUACGACGCUGAAAGCGAAAAGAAAAAAGAUUCAUGUGUUGAUGUGAUGUGGGCUGUUUUUGGAGCCUUCAACAAAUGAUUUUGCAUUGGUUUUAUUUUUUAGAAUUAAAUGAAGUGGUUAUGUUUCUGGGAAGAUUUCAUUUCUGAGAUUAUUAUAAUAUUCCUACAUUUUGUUUAGGAUAACAUUCUAUGAAACUAUUGCAAUUGAUUAACUUCUUUUAUUCAUUCAUUGAGCUUUCUCCAUUAAUUUGCAUCUUUAAUUUAUUAGUUUUCAGCACAGUAUAUUGCUCCAAAACUUUGUAACCGGCAAUUAAGGGUACUGUAAAAUGUAAAGUAUGAGAUAAAUUGACGCUACUUGCUAAGCAAGCU